AUGGCGACAGACGUCCAUCUCUGUCUCCUCCUCCAUGGCCUCUAUGGCUCCCCGUCCAACCUCUGGUGCCUCGAGGAAGAGGUCGAGAGGGCUCACAACUCGGCCGGAUCCCAUCUCGAGCUCGUUGUCCUGAACGCUACCUCCUACUCUGGUCCAAAAACAUGGGACGGCGUCGACGUCAUUGCCCAUGGCGUAGCACAGGAGCCGGAUCGAAAGCGACGGGAAGCGGGUCGUCUACUUGAGUGUGGUCUCAUUGCCCGCACACUCAUCGGACAGCUCUACGCCCGCCCGGGAUUCUUCGCUCGCCACCGCCCGGCCUACUUCUCGACGAUCGCGACACCGCACCUCGGCGUGCUCCGAUACGGGUCAUGGCGGAGUGCAUGGAUGCACGCAGUGGGGCAGCACAUGUUCUCGCGCACGGGGCAACAACUCUUCUGCCUCGACUCGGACCACGGCGACCCCUUCCUCGUCGUGUUGGCUGAUCCCUCAAGCGGCGCGCCGAUCACCGCAGCCGUGUGCCGUGGCUGUGUCGACGUCCUGUCGGCACUGGCGCAGUUUAGCCGUGUCCUCUUCAUCGCGAACGGUGUCGGCGACUUGACGGUCCCGUAUUGCACCGCGGCGGCGGAGCGACACGACCCGUUCGUGGACUAUGAAGCUGGUCGACUGGGACUAGUCGUACAUGACCACAUUGUCCGGAAUGUCUUUUCGCCGCAAGAGGAGGACGAAGUGGACGCGAUCGUCGGCGAGACGCUCGUUCCAGCGGCGCCGACGCGACCAUGGCUCCCGCCAGUGUUCUACCUGCCGUACCGACCAGUCCGAUAUAUCCUCUUCCCUCUCAUCCCCAUCCUCAUCCCCGUGGCCCUCACGUUCGCCGCAGCCGCCAUGGCCGUUCAUUCCUAUCACUCGUCGCGCCGGAUCCGCGCCUUGGCUGUGCACCAUGACCAUCACCACCGCAUAUUCGGCCUCGAGUCGAGCGACUAUGACGUCUCCGGGGACACGCCAGCGAUCACGCGUCCGGGCUCUCCCUCGUUGGGUGGUAGCACGAUCCGCGGCUCGGUGAUGAAGGAGCUGUACAAGAUGAGCGCGGGCGAGACUGACGACCGGGAUACCAGAGAGGGCACGGCAGACCCAUGCGAGGUGUGCGAGGACGCGGAGGAGACGGGCGACGCGGACGGAGGCGAAGGCGGACCGAUUCUGGCGGAGACGGGGGAUGUCGACGCCGGUCAGCCUGCGGGACCAGCGCUCGUUCCACCGUCCCAGCCAAUCCUGACGAGUCAGCAGGAGGCUAUGGUCACGGCCCUGUCCGCUUUGCCUCAGCUCGAGAGAGUCGUCGCGUGGUUCCCAGGCGUCUUCAACGCGCAUGCUGUCAUCGUCGCGCGCAACGCCCGCAUACCCCGAUGGUCAUGGCAGGGCAUCGGCCGCUUCGUGAUCUCAGAGUGGGCACAGAAGUGCGUCUCGGCAGUGCAAGCUGCCGCGGGGCGACCCGAACCCGACUUCAGCACACUAGCUUCUGAGUUCUCAAGAGAAGCGAGUGAGGCCAUGGACGUCGACACACCUACAGAGAGCAGGCGAGGGAGCAGGGAACCGACAGCUAUCGAGAUCAGUGUGUCCGAAAUGCGGCCAUCACCGAGCGACAGUGAGCGGAGUCACUCGAUAGCCUAG